AUCGGGUCAUAUUGCGCCCAGACCUGGUGUCAAAAUUCUUUACGAUGCUAGAAGACACAGGAACACCUGGUUUUAUCAUAUAAUUUAUACUAGUUUGCCUUCCUCGAUUACCCAUCCUUUCCCGUCUCGCCUCUCGUUUGCUCUCCUUCUUUCACACUAAUAACCCCGCUUGCGUCAUUGCUGGGCGUUGAUGCUGCUGAAGUACCUUCCGCCCCAACUCUCUCAGUGCCUAGCCAUCGGCCGUUGCGUGCACCUCUCAACAUCCUCCCACACUCUCAACACUGGGUUCUCGCCUUUUCCCUGCCGAGCCUCUACCAUCGGCGCGCGCACCUUCAAAAUGGCAAUCAAGUCGGCGGCAGAUAUGCCGACGCUUUCCCUUCUAUACAAGACACAAAAGCUCGCCGCGCCCGAAGACGACGCAGACGUUACAACGACCAUCUCGUACUCCCUCACCACCCCUCCAAUCCCGUCCAAGAACUUCAACGACCGCAUCUCGCUGUGUCGCGUCGAUAUCACUCUCCUCGAACUAGACGCCAUCGUCAAUGCAGCCAACAAGAGCUUGCUAGGCGGUGGUGGCGUUGACGGUGCCAUCCAUCGCGCUGCCGGACGUGGCCUGUGGAAGGAGUGCUCGAGGCUCGGCGGUUGCGACACGGGAGGCGCGAAGAUCACCUCUGCCCAUAACCUGCCAUGCAAAAAGGUCAUCCACACAGUCGGUCCGGUCUACGAUCCCUUCGACCCGGAGCUGAGCGAGAGGCUGCUCACCAGCUGCUACACCACCAGCCUGGAACUCGCCGUCGCCAACAAAUGCCGCACAAUCGCCUUUAGUGCAAUCAGCACAGGCAUAUACGGCUAUCCAAGCACAGAGGCCGCACCUGUCGCCAUCACUGCGGUGCGCAAGUUUCUUGAAUCCGACAAGGGCGCCGAAAUCGACUUGGUCGUCUUUGUCGUCUUCGAGCUCAAGGACUUGAUCGCUUACACUAACGCGCUACCCAUCUACUUCCCGCCCGUCCCCGAAGGGGCCGAGAUAAUAAAGCACUCCGAUUCAGGCAAUGGUGUCUCUGGCGCUGAUACCAUGAUUCCAACCGGAGCCGCCACUGCUCCAACUGGCGCAACCACCACGAGCCUCGGCGCUGGGCCUACGGCAGAAGAAGGCGCAGCGGUUGCCCCGGUCGACAAGCCUGGAGCUGCUCUGGAGGAUAUUGAGGCGGAGAAAAUCGCCAAGGUCCUCCCGGAGGUGCCAAAGACGGCCCCAGCUGAGGUCACAGAAUCUGAACAUAUCAACAAGAAGCCGAAGCACGACAACUGAAGAAAUGGUUUCGUAUUUCGCUCCCCUGCCACAUGGGAGCUGUAGACACAAUGACUCCUGUUAGCGAAAAUUCUCUAGAUUUCCGCCGUCCUGGACGUCCUUGCGUAUCUCAGCUACCGAUGCUUCGGCGAGCUGGUUAUUUGAGGGCUCGUGACUUGAAAUACCCAAUUUCCACCCCAACAAAGAAUGGUUAGGCAUGUCGCGAAUAUUUCAUGGCCAUAAUUCACUUUGGCAAAAGCCCAUCCCUUGAUCCUGAUACCAAAAGCACCGGGUUGCAAAACCCAGUUAACUCAUGCUAUGGCUGCUACUUUCAUCGGUUGAUAGGGAGUGAAGCUCGAGGGGCCAGUUGCCCUGCUUAGUUCCUAAUCAGAAUUCCUAGUAAUCAGAGUAUGCCCCGAGCGGUUGUGAAUGUGGUGGCAGAAUUGGUUAUCGAAGCGCCCGGCCUCGGCUCCCGCAUCCACAAUAAGCUCACGUCUGUCAGCCAGAUGCAGCGACGUGGGCAUGCUGGCUCAUGAUCCGGUUGAGCCCCUCCCUUUGCAAACAAUUUUCAAAGGCGAAGCUCUUGGCGCACUCGUCCAGAUCUUCCAAGCUCAUUCCCUCAAACAGGCUGGCAAACUCGUUGGAGAAGCUGCCUGCUACAAAGACCUCGAGCACGUUCCGGUGCAGGUGCCGGGUCGUGUCCCAGGUGGUCGGGUACGUCUCGGUCGCCUGCGGGGCGUUCUGGUUGAUCCACCGGACCAGCGGCUGCACAAGCGCGUCGAGCUCCGCGUUCGGGUGCCUGCCCCAGGCGUCCAGAUUGAGCCGCCGCUUCCUCUCAACAAAAGCAGCGACGGUGCGCAUGUACCUGCUCUUGGGGUCCGUGUAGAUCAUGCCCUGGUAGCCCACGUCCUUGUAAAGCCAGAUGCUCCACGGGAUGCCGUACUUGUCGUAGACAUCCAGCUGCGCGCCGAGCAGGGCGUACCUCUCCGUGUUGACCUCGUCCGCCUUCGGGUUCUUGGCCGGGUCCUCGUACACGGGGCCGAACUCGCCGUUCCAGAUGGGCGUCGAGCGCGCCCGCUGGAACUCGGCCUUGCGGAGGAACUGGCCCUCCAGCCGCUGCAGCUGCUCCGGCGUGCCCUUGAACCGCUCGCCCAGCGGGAAUCCCAUGGUAGAGUAGUCAUGCAGCGCGUAGACUGUGUUGGGCAGCACCUUGUCGAAUCCUUUCCAUUCGAUGGAAAACGUGUUUCCGUCCAGCCACAGGAUGUGGUCCGGGUCCACUGCCCGGAUUGCGGCCUCGAGCCUAUCGUAGAACGCCGGGAGCCUGACGUGUUGCUCGUCGCAGGGC